AUGGGCGUGGCUUAUGCCGUAGUGGGCGUGGUCUCGCCGCGGUGGGCGUGGUCUCGCAGCGUGGGCGUGGUCUCGCCGCAGUGGGCGUGGCCUGGCCGCAGUGGGCGUGGCUUGUACGGCGGUGGCGUGGCUUAUGCCGCAGACUGGGUGUUCCUCACCCGUUUCUGUUUCCUGUCCGAUUUCGGCCGCCUCGAUUUCCACUUCCGCUACCCCGAGGCCAAGUGUUGCCAGAACAUUCUGCUCUACUUCGACGACCCCUCCCAAUGGCCCGCGGUCUACAGGAGGGGGGGCAAGGACUGCCUGGCCAAGGAGGCCGUGAUCAGACCCGAGAACAACCAGGUGAUCAACCUGACCACGCAGUACCCCUGGUCCGGCUGCCAGGUGCUGCCGGGGGUCUCGGGGAGGAUCCUGAGCUGCUCCAGCGGCCGCAGUUUCCGCUCGGUUCGGGAGCGCUGGUGGUACGUGGCCCUCAGCAAGUGCGGGGGUGGGGGGCUGGAGCUGGAGUAUGAGCUCGUUCUGACCAACGGUGACUCCUUCUGGAGCCGCCACUUCUCGGCCGAUGAGUUCGGAAUCCUGGAGACCGACAUCACCUUCCUCCUCAUCUUCACCCUCAUCUUCCUCCUCUCCUGCUACUGCGGCUUUUUGAGCCUCCUCCUGAGCUGCGUCUACUGGGGCCAGUACGGCUGGGACGGGGUGGGGCACGGAGCCAUCAAACUCCUGGGGAAGCUCCUGUUCUCCAUCAGCUUCCUCAUCUUCCUCCUGAUGCUGAUCCUGCUGGGCAAGGGGUUCUCGGUCACCAGGGGCCGCAUCAGCCCGGGGGGCUCCGUCCGUCUGUCCGUCUACAUGACCCUCUACAGCAUCGCCCACAUCGCCCUGCUCACCUACGAGGCUCAGUUUUUUGACCCCGGGCAGGUGCUCUACACCUACGAGUCCCCGGCGGGGUACGGGCUGAUCGCGCUGCAGUUCGGAGCCUUCGUUUGGUUCUGCGCCGCCGUGGGCGCCACCCUGAGCGCGGCUCCUGACCCGGCCCUCGGCUGCCAACAAGAAUUUCCCUUUCCACGUCCGAACUUCCCAAAUCGGCUCCGUCCCCCCCCGGGACCCCCCCCCAAAUUCCCCGGGGGGGGCUACGGGAACGUCACCUUCAUCAGCGACAGCGUCCCCAACUUCACCGAGCUCUUCUCCAUCCCCAGCCCGGGGGGCGGCGCG